UUUCUGAUCAUUGUAUCUAAACUAUAAUUAUAUGCAGAGAACAAAGAACGAAAAGGUAAAGGAAUUAUCCUUAAUCCGAUUACCGUUUCUGUAUAUUCGUCUCUUGUUGUAUCUUCACAAUCCUAGUUAGCCAGCAACUAAAUCAAUAUGUCCGCCGCAGUAGCCGCUGCCGCCGCCGCCGCCAACGCCUCAAGAGUCUCAUCUAACCGCACUUCUCAUCGGGGAAGUAACCAGGCAGUGAACCAUCGUCGACUACCCUUUUACCCACCGUCGCCACAACCCGCACUGCUCGUCCCGGUUGUUGGUCGCUAUGAAUCUCUGAAGCGGCGCGACUGGAAUGCUUUCGAGCGAUACCUGAAGGAGCAUCGUCCCCACCUGCGUCUCUCCCAGUGCAGCGGCGUACAGGUGCUCGAAUUCUUGGAAGAUCGGUUCGGGGAAACCAAAAUCCACACCCAGAACUGUCCCCUAAAACGGCCUGAACCACCAACGCCAUGCUCGUGCUCUUGCCCUCUGGCGGAAGCAUGGAGCAGCUUGGAUGGAAUGGUAGGCAGGCUCCUUGUGGCUUUUGAAGAGAACGGCGGCCGACCGGAGAUGAACCCUUUCUGUGCUCCUGUUGUGCGGCUGUACCUAAGGGGAGUGAAGGAGGCUCACGCUAGGGCCAGAGGAGCAGGUCGUAGCUCAUGAACAAGUGGCGAUAAUUAUAUGUAAUGAAAUCCCCAUUUCCUUCAAGUUGGGUGGUCCUGAUGACUGCAUUCUCUGUGAUGGACUCGAUAUAGGACGUUCCUCACCGCCACUGCACUACUAAUGCGCAUAUGAUUUGCAGCUUUUUCCUUUUCUUCAUUAAUCUGAUUAAUGGAAGGAUAAUUAAAAGAUUUUUUUACUUUUG